AUGCUAUUUUUGCUGUUCACGCUUGCUAAUUUGUGGCCCCUCCUCUGGGCGGCCAGCAAUUUCCACCCCGACUGCGCCGAUCCCCAUAAUAAGGUUCGUUUCGCCGAGCGUAUUGAUAUGGUUCCCGGCACCCGGGAAAUCUCAUGCUCGGUGCACGUGGUCACCUGCGGCGAGGUGUCGGUGGCCAACGUGGCGGAGGGCUCGGAGCCGCCGCCGGCCCACGACGUCCGCGUCGAACCGUACGCGCGGGCGUCGAAGCAUGAACACCAGCUUCAUGUGGACGUAUCCUGGCAGAUGCCGCCGAGCAACGACUCCUUCCGCAUCCGCGCCUUCGAGCUCCAAGUCGAGCGUGGGUCCGAGGAGAAGCGCUGCUUCCUCUUCAACGUCUCCAACUUUGGGCUGACCGAGGAUGAGGCAUCGCCCCGUUUCCACUUCACCUCCGACAGCCUGUUCGCCUUCGCCGAGCCGUACCAAAUCACGUUGCGGUCGUUGCCGAGAAGCGCGAAAACUGCGCCGCAAGUUGUCCGUAAUGCGACGAUGCCGUUGGAUCCGGACCUGAAGGACCCGCCGUCGAAGAACAAUCUGACGGCGUGGUGCAAGGCGCAUUCCGACCCGCAAGCGGCCAAGUGGACGGCGGCGUUCCGGAAGAUUUUCCUGCACUCGUUGGCGCGGACGAUUCAGAUCGAAUUCGUCGGCGCUCCGCCCCAGUACUGUUUCGAGGCGUACGAGGUGCGGCUGAAAGACGAGUCGGGCAUGGAGUUGACGCAUAGUCAUAUCGUAAACGUGGCCGACAUGCGCCCGGAGACGAUCAACGGCAAGCAGGUCCUCUUCGGCGAGCACAACUUUACGAAUCUGGAGCUGGAUACAGACUACAUCCCAUCCGUGAUCCCGGUCGAGAGAUCGGCCGACCGUCGAUGUCUUUGUCCAACACAGAACGCAAAUCCGUACGACAAUCAGAUUGUGUGCAGCUGUAUCGCCGCGGAUUGGAAGAAAGUCCGGCUACAUAAAAUCGAGAAGCCACCGGCGCCGCCUUGCCACGAUUGUAUAAAUAAUGCUACGGUGGUGGACAAGGGGCCGAGAACGGAUCAUAAGAGCCUCUCGAUCCUGAUCGUGGCCGCCGUCCUUGCCGUCAUCCUGAUGAUCCUCAUCUACUAUCUAUUCGUGUUCUACCGACGUCAUCUUCGGCAAGGGAAGGCAUUCACGCUGCAUUUUAAGAACAUCAACAAUAAUAAUGUGAAUGGGGGCGUUGGAGGUGAACCGCGAGAGCCGUUGAUCUACAACUCCUGCUUCUCGGUGCUGCUCGUCUACUCUCACGAUUGUGCUCAUCACGAGGCAGCGGUUGUCGCCUUUGCCGAGGUUCUACGCGAUACCUUUGGGCUUAAAGUACAUAUGGACCAGUGGGAUCAGGACGAAAUCGAGGAGAAUUUGAACACCUACAUCAAUUCCAGCGUCGUCACGGCGGAUAAGGUGAUCAUCAUCAACUCCCUUGGUGGCUACAUGCGGGCCCAGGCGAGGCACAAGAAGUUGGAGCCGGUCGAGCGGAUCCCCCAGGGGCCGCUGGAUCGAAUCUUCGAUCUCCAGAUUGACCUGGCGCUCCAGCACGCCAGAGUCGUCUCGGUGCGAUUCCCGUAUACGAAGGGCACCUAUACACUCUACGCGCUCUCGCCUCUUCUACAGUACACCAUUCCAGAUAAUAUAGGGCUUCUCGUCUCCUCCCUGACCGAGUGUACGCUACGCUCCGACCCACGGUUGAGCGGCUUCGACCCGCAUCUCGCGAAGCUGAACGCGGCCAUCUCGCGGAUGACGCACUUCCAGGAGAGCGACCCGACGUGGUUCGAAAAGUCGCACCAGCGAGUGAGGGUCCCACUCCCGGACACGAGAAUCCUCGUCGAAGCCGACCGAUCGAUCGACUCAGGGUUGGGAGAGUCUGGGACCUCAGAGAGGAGGACACUCAUCAGCCAUGCUGUCGCUCCCGGCGAGCCGAUCGAGGCCGAGAGUCUUGCACUGCUUGAAGAUGACGAUGAGAAUGUUGGGCAUGAGGUGGUACCGGAAGAGCCCUCCGCCAGCUCCUCUCCCCGACACGAAACGGCCGAUUCGGCGUACCUCUCCGGCAGGCAUGACUCGCACGAUAUGGACAGCAGAUCGUCAGGAUCCGAACGGCCAGAUGAUCCUGUCAUCUCCGAACACCUCCGAAACGGGCAGACCCGCAUCCCGCAGCGGGCAGAAGACGCGGAAGGGCGGCGGAAGCACGAUCCAAGGCGUAACGUCGACGAUUCCGGCGUCAUAUCCGGGGAAUUCGUCUCCGGAUUCGUACAG